GGAUUUUGAACUGAAACUUCACACACACAUUCUGGAGACACCAGAGACUGAUAUUACAUCUUGUGAAAGGGGUGUUGGUCUCCUUUAAAACACUUUUUUUUUCUUACUGCUGAAUAUUAGAUUACUUUCUGUGAAAUCUGUUUUCUCACAACAACAAAACAUUUAUCUUGACUUCAUCUAGUUAUUUUGUGUUAUUUUUAUUUUGUGAAGCUCCAAGGAUGCAACGAUCAAAACGAAUGAGAUCCAAUGAAUUCAUAUGAAUUCUGAAUUGUAAAAUGUUUACGAAUUGCAUUGAGUUCAUGUUGAAAAGACUUCCCUUGUUCUGCGGAAAGCAAAAGACGAUAUUUUGAGAACUGACACAAGAGCAAAUGAUGUCAUGGUGUUUUUUGAACUGUGGUCUCGAACUCUGAAGCUGAUUAUUUCUAGUUAAUGACCCUGACGCACCGUUUCAGUGCAAAGAUGUCUAACAACGUGUGUACUCUCUGUAGAUUAUUGUUCAGCGUGAUUCUUGAAUCGUGUGACGCGUGAGUCUUUAAUGAGGUCUAAAGGUUUUUCAAGGGGAUGAGUUUGAACAGAAGCCUUUAAAACGUCAAAGGUUUUUUUGGUAGUAGGCCUAAAUGUAGGUUGGAUUAGAUUUCAUUUAAUUGUAUUUUAGGCCUAACUGGUUUAAAUGCGCUGGUGAUGAUUGUGGAAAAUGCUGAACAAUGUUUGGGUUCAGUGGACUGAAUAAUGUGAGUUCAGCGGCUGACGGACGGCGUCAUUGACACUGACUUGAGUUUAGACUGGCCUGAGAUCUGCGUGUCGUGAUGGAGAAAGUUGUGCGAGCGUGAGAAUGGCUGUUCAGGUUAAAUGUCAGAUGUUUGGUCUUGUAACAGCUUGUAAAGCAAUCUCCCUACAGCAUUAAAGAUUCAUCCUCCAAAUUUGUAGGAUUUUCAAUGAUUCAUGAGUUGGAAAAAUCCUUAAUGUGACGUUGAUCUUCAGCCAAAAUAUCAUUGUUUCGACCAAACACACACUGGGAGGAACAAAACCACAGUGCUGAACGACAUGAUGAAUAUUUCAACACAGCACCACUUCCUCAUCCACACACACAUCCCGUCUCAUUGUGUGUGUGUGUGUGUGUGUGUGUUUUCAGAUGUCCCAGCGUUACUCCCGUGUGACGUUUCAUCAUGUGAUCGGGAAGGCGGCGGUUAAGGGGCGGUGCUACCGUGGGCUGUCAAUCACACGCAGCGUCCAGGACAACCAGUUCUGUGCUGUCAAUCCACGAUUCAUCGCCGUGGUGACAGAGUGUACAGGAGGCGGGGCCUUCAUUGUCAUUUCUGUCCGUCAUACGGGCCGUGUGAGUCCUCUGCAUCCGCGUGUGUGCGGUCACAGCGCUCGAGUGCUGGACGUCAAGUGGGACCCGUUUAACGACCUGCGCAUCGCGUCCUGUUCGGAGGACUGUACGGUGAAGGUGUGGAACAUCCCUCCGAACGGACUGAAGUCCGACCUGACGUCGCCCAGUCAGGAUCUGCUCGCUCACGGCCGCAGGGUGUCGCUCAUCGAGUGGCAUCCAACCGCCAGAGACCUGCUGCUAAGCUCCGCCUACGACUGCAAAGUGUUUGUGUGGCGUUUAGACGCACCGGAGGUGCCGGUGUGUGUGAUAAACACACACUCUGAGCUGGUGGUUUGUUUGAGUUUUAAUGCAGAUGGAAGUCUGUUGGCCACGGCCUGCAAAGACAAGAAGAUCCGAAUCAUCGAGCCGCGGACUGGACGAGUGCUGCAGGAGUCUUGCUGUGGCUCUCGUAAAGUGUCCAAGAUCCUGUUCCUGUGGGAUCUGAAGAUGCUGGUGUCCACGGGAAACUCUUGCUGGAACCAGAGACAGUUUGCCCUGUGGGAUCUGGAGGAUCUGUCCGAGCCAUUACUGGAGGAGGAUUUGGAUGGAGGUUCGGGGGUCAUUUUCCCGUUUUAUGACGCCGACACACACAUGCUGUAUCUGGCUGGAAAGGGCGAUGGUAACAUUCGCUAUUAUGAGGUCAGUGCGGUGAAACCCUACAUUCACUUCCUGUCUGAAUAUCGCUCUCCGUCCCCUCAGAGAGGCUUGGGUGUGAUGCCCAAGCGUGGCUUGAACAUCAGCGUGUGCGAGGUGUUCCGGUUCUACAGGCUGCUCACCGUCAAAGACCUGCUGGAGCCGCUGAGCUUCUGUGUGCCGCGGAAGCAGUCUGAGGGUUUUCAUGCGGAUAUUUAUCCCAUGACAGCAGCCAAUGAACCAGCCAUGACUGCAGACGAGUGGCUGAUGGGGCAGAACAAAGGGCCGCUACUGAUGUCUCUGAGACCUGGAGCUGAAGCGCUCGACACCAGCCCAACUGAAACAGAGACUCCAGCCAAUCAGGACACAGAAUACCCUCCUGACAUCAUCGCAGACUUGCAGGACUGGACGGAGGACGACACCCAAAGCCAUGACUGGAUCUCCUCACGCACAUGCUGCGAUCUGAACCGGACCGGACCCUCGGAGGUGUCGCUUCACCAGCGGGAGGAAACUCAAGAUCUGCAGGAGCAACUCAAGCAGAGAGAUGAUAAAAUACGAGAACUGGAGCUGGAGCUGAAGAACAUGCGCAACCACAUGAGAGCGUCCUUCUGACGGCAGCCAAUCACAGCACAGACUGCCAAUCACAGCAGCCAAUCAAAGAAGAGAAUGUGGAAAACAUUGAGUCCUAUGAACUGUUGUGAGGAAUCGUCUGUGUAAAUACGGUUCAUGUUGAUUCAUUAUAUAUUUGUAAGAUAUUUAUUUUUGGACUGAAUUAUUAGUUCACAACAAGGACUAUAAUGAUAAUGAUAUAAAUAACUAUAAUGAUAAGAUUUUAACAAUUGCUUUCUCUUAGAGAAUGGUCAAUUCCACUGCACAGCUGUAACGAAAACGACACAGAGGAAUGAUAUUGUCGAAAUACAUUUCAAAGCAAUUUUUUAGGAUAAAAACAUUGACAGCCAAUCAGAAAUCCAUCCUGCUUUGAAGAGCUGGGUCACACAAAUUUUGGAAUCUUAAAAUUUUGGAAUUUUGGAAAAAAGAGAAGGUAUUUACGACUUUUUAAUCUCACGUUUCUGACUUUCUCUCACAAUUCUUUGAACUUGACUAUAUUACUCACAAUUUCACGUUUAUUUCUCAAGUUUAUAUCUAAACUUGCAAUUGCGAUUAUCAAAAGUCAGAAUUCUUGUAUAUAAACUUGUGAUUACAAGAAAUAAAGUCAAUAUUGCAAAAUAAACUUGUAAUUGGUGAGAAAUAAAGUCAAAAUUGCACAAUAAACUUGUAAUUACAAGAAAUAGAGUCAAAAUUGUGAAAUAAACUUGAAAUUAUAAGAAAUAAAGUCAGAAAUGUGAAAUAUACUCAAUUACAAGAAAGAGUGGGAAAAAUAUAAUAUACUCAUAAUUACAAGAAAUAAAAUCAUAAUUUGUGAAAUAAACUCAAUUACAAGAAAUUA